AUGCCUGAUCUCGCUACGGCCAAAGCGCCCAAUUCCAAGUUCUCCUCUUCCUACAUUCCUGCGGCGGUUUUUGUGGGAGGAACAUCUGAGAAGACCUUGGCUUCCCUCCCCACCACCACACCAACAGAUGGUAACCCCGUGCUCCGAGAAUUCGUAUUCUGCAAUGCCGAAUUGAUGGAAAACAUCAAAGAUACGGCAACGGAUCUCUCCACACGCCAUGCGAAGAUCAACUACCUCGUUAUGUCGUGCUGGGACUGCGGUAUUAUCCGCGGUUCAAGUAUACAUAUGAGCUUUUGCCUGUUGAGGAACGCGAAGGAUGCCGGAGAAGAUGCGAGUGUCAUGUCGAUCUCGGCGUCUGGAAUGGGGCGCCCUAUUGAUGUCAACGAUUUGAGACUGAAACACUCGUACACGGCAUACAGCGCUACAUUGGUGAGUGGCCCGUACAACGAUAUCAUGAAAUUCACGAAACGCAAUCCCGAAAUCUCGUUCACGCAUAUCCACCCUGGAUUUGUCAAGACGCAGCCGGCACACUGGGCUUUACGUCUUUUAUCUCCGUUGAUCAGCUUGUUCGUUUGGUUGAAAGCCAUCUCCCCCGAGGAGUCCGCAGAAUAUAUGCUAUUUGCGCUCUUUGAUGGUGAAAAAGGCAUUUUUCGUCUGGGCGCGAAGGGAGAUGACCUUGGGAUGAAGGGGUACCUUUUUACAGAGGAGCAAAAGAAGGCUGUUUGGGAUCAUUCAGUGAAGGUUACUCGGUGUGCAUGAACGUUGGGGCGAUUCUGCAGUAUUGGAUUCGGAUUGGGCAUGCUAGCAAGAGUGCAAUCUUUGAGAUAUUACAUCUAUGAUCGUUCGCUUCGACAAUGAUCAAAAAGACUGGCUGUGAGGCGCUUCCUGCUGUUCCCUCUUCUCCUGAAAGCCGCCCGCACGGUUUCAAAUCGUCAUCCAACAGUAUCAUCACUAUAUGCAUUUUUAUUGCAUUGUUGAUGUAUUGCGACGCUGCUUAGGAAUGUCUCAUGAAACGAGAUGGUUCGUACGGGGGGCCGGGCAACAUCCUACUAUUUGCAGG